CCCAACUGAAGCGGCGACCAGUCCAGGGAUGGCGACGACGCUCGCAGCCCGCCGCCUGCUCCUGCUACAGCGAUGCGCGGCCGGCCGCCGGCUGCUCGGCACGGCGGCGGAGGCCUCGGACGCGAUCUACGUGGGGAAGCCGUCGCCCGUGGCGACGCGGGACGAGACCUCGGUGGCGAUGCCCAUGUCCUUCAUGACGGGGUCCGUCGUGGGGAAGCGCUUCUACCGCGACGCCACCGUGCGGCGCGCCGACGACGGCAACGGCUGGACCGUCAUGCUCGACUACCGCACCCUCAAGACGCCCGCCAAGCGCCAGCUCAAGCUGCACUCGCGCGCGCUCGCCAUGGCCGUCGCCGCCGAGUGGGAGUUCCAGGAACAAGAUGGAAUCCGGCCUUUUACAAUGCCUCUUAUGAAGCUUGCUUGUACUGCACUGGAGAGAGUUCCGUUGACACGAGCUAAGAUAAUUAACAAUUUAAUGCAAAGAUUCCAUCAAGAUUUGGUAUUUUGCCGCUCACCUGCCGAUGAUGAACUUACCAAAGGAGUUUAUGAAAAACAGAAGGAGAAAAUCGACCCAAUACUGGACUGGGUCAACACAGAGUUUGGGGUGAAGCCUGUUGUAUACACAAGUUUUCUAGGGGGGAAGCAAGAUGAGCGGCUAGCCAAGGCUGUAGAAACCGUUUUGAAGGAUGCAAAUGAUCGUGAAUUGGCAUCUAUUGAUGCUAUGGCUUCAGCAGCCCAUUCCCUGGUCAUCCCUCUUGCAAUAUUUAGAGGAAGGUUGGGAAUUGAGGAGUCCAUUGAACUGAUCAGGCUUGAAGAAGAUCACCAGGUCGAUAAAUGGGGCUUGGUUGAAGGAGGCCAUGAUGUUGAUAUUGCUGAUCUUAAAGUGCAGAUGUCAUCGGCUGUUGUGUUUCUUCAUCUCUCACGACGACAGUAAAAACCUUUCGAUCGAUGAUCUAUGAAAUGUUUUCUGUUUGUUGUUUAUUUUUUAGCUUGUCUAAACUUGUAUGAAGGGUUGUAGAAUAAUAAUAGCCCACGAUGGUUAAGAUAAAACAAAGCACCAGUAUGUGCGGAUGUUGAGUUUUGGCUUCAAUUUAGCUUAACAUGUUACCAAGGGGGCAUAGAAACCCCGAGUCAA